AUGAGUGUCCCCAAAUCUGAACCUAUUCUAAUUGUCGGGGGUGGCGCGUUCGGUCUCUCCACCGUUGUUCACCUUCUCAGGGCGGGGUAUCGCGAUAUCACUGUCCUCGAGAAAGAUGUUGAGAUUCCAUCGCGAUGGUCCGCUGCCAAUGAUCUUAACAAGAUUGUCAGAGCCGAAUAUGAAGAUCCUUUGUACCAAGACUUGACUGUGAAAGCAAUCAAGGGUUGGCAGACUCCUCUGUUCGCUCCUCAUUUCCACCAAGUCGGCUUCAUUCAUUGCGUCUCUGGCAAUGCUCCGAAAGAAGCUAGAGAUACUCUCAACCGUUUUCGGGCCGCCGCAGAGCGAGACCCUCGUCUCAAACCACAUGUGACUCCGCUCAAUUCACAGGAAGACAUUGCAAGUGUCGCGUGGCAAUACAACGACAGCUCUUUUCCUGGUUGGAGUGGCUAUUUCAACAAGUUUGAUGGGUAUGCGCAUUCCGGCAAUGCGCUGCGAUCUAUAUUUGAAGCUACAAAGGCGCAAGGAGUGAAGUAUAUCCUCGGUACAGCAGGAGCUGUCUCUGAGAUUGUCUACGAUAACACCUCCACCGGGCGCAAGGCAAAGGGUGUCAGAACCACAGGCGGUCUAUUCUACCCUUCAAAUCUUGUCAUCAUCUCCGUCGGUGCAGCAGGUGCGAAGUUGGUUCCGGAAAUCGGCACGCAGCUGGUGGCAAAGUCAUGGUCGGUGGCUCAUCUUCACCUCAGCGAUGAUGAAACCUCGGCGCUUCGCGGUAUACCAGUCACUUAUGCUCGCGAUUUGGGCUUCUUCUUCGAGCCUGAUCCAAAGACCAACUUGCUGAAACUCUGUCCCAUGGGCGGAGGUUUCAUCAACACCGAUCCCAAGACAGGUGUUUCGCACGCACCUGCCGACCCCAAACAGAGCGCGUUUUUACCUGAAGAUGAUGAUAGGCAGCUCCGUGAGCUUGUUCGACAAACCCUCCCUCAAUUUUCGGAUCGACCCUUUGUCAAGAAGUCGCUUUGUUGGUUCGCCGACACAGCCGACUCGGACUUUAUUAUUGACUAUGUACCAAACACCUCGUCUUCAGUGCUCUUGUUAUCCGGUGACAGCGGUCAUGGGUUCAAGUUUUUUCCCAUAUUUGGGGAAUGGGUUAAGGAUCUACUCGAGUCUGAUAAAGGAGAACAGCCUGUUACACGAUGGAGAUGGAAGGAUACAGAAGUAGGUGAGAAACAGGGUGAUUGGGGUGGUGCUGUGAGCUGGAGAUUGGGUAACUCGAAGGAGUUUGUUGACAUUCAGCCAGUUGGCGAUCCAAGACUGUAG